CUGGGACAAAUGCCGGUUGCUGUUCCGUGGGCGGUGUCUGCUCAACGCAGACGUGUUGGAGGUGAUGAUCCAGUCCAACAUCUCACCCAUCACAUCGCACGAGGGUCUUAUGGUCACUGUCAAAGGGAUGCGCGGGAAAAUCGGAGACGGCGACAUACAGGUGAAAGGCCAUAUCUUGUGCUGGGUGGGGAGUACGACCAAGUACAAUGACUGCCCUCUGAUGAACCUGCACAAGGCCACCCUCAACCUGCACUGGGACUGGGUGAUGCCACUUCCCACUAUGGACUGUCAGGACCACCACCGACUGCAAAUAUUGGGCCCUGAGUAUGUGCAGCAUAUCCCAGACUAUGAUCCGUACGAGGGCUACCGAUGCGAUUCUAUAGUACUCAAGCUGUUGCUAAGUGUACAGCCGCUUAGCAACGAGGGUAAAGGUAGGUAUAUCUCCGUAGGUAGACUAUAG